AUGGCCUAUGGCGGCCUCUUUGGCGCGGACGUCCCACGGCUGCCGCUGCCACGGCUGCGCUGCCAAGCGGUGUCAAAGGAAGUGCUGCGGGUGAGACGCCACUGUCCCCGGCGUCACUGGCUGCCUUCAAACCGUUGCCUGCAGCGAGCAGCUCCAACGCUACUUGUAGCUGCAGGGGCUGCAGCUGGGCGGGCGUGCAAGCGCAGCAUGGCGCGCAUGGAGAGGGUGGUUUUCUUGGGCACCGGCUCAGCUGUGCCAGUGCCAGGCCAGCGGAACAUGUCGAGUCUUGCCGUAAUGCUGGACACAGGAGGCAUAAUUCUAGUCGAUUGUGGAGAAGGGACGCAGCAUCACAUUAAGGUGAGUACGCUGCUGAAGUUGUCUCGCAUUGAGGUGAUUUUGCUUACACAUCUCCAUGGAGAUCAUUGCUAUGGGCUUUUUGGUGUGUUGAGCACAGCUGCAAUAGAGGGUCGAAAGGACCCUAUCCUCAUCGUUGGCCCACAGGGGAUUCAGGACAUGGUGGAGUCGAUGCUACGUUUCUCUGGUGGAUGGGUUGCUGAGGAAAACUUCAAGAUCGAGUACCUGGAAAUUCCAAAUAUUGGAGUUGAAGGCGAAGAUCUUGUGGGACCACACGGUUCAGGUCCUCGUGGUUUGGGCUUUCACCCAGAGCGGUGCAGACGUGCCGCUGCUGUGCCACUGGGAAUCCUGGCCGGAUUAAAAGUCCAAGCCGUGCCCCUGGUGCAUGGCAUACCGGACUGGGGCUAUGUCUUAACCGAACCGGACCGGCCGGGGAAGCUGGAUGCGGCAAAGGCCCAAAAACUUGGAAUUCCUCGAAGUCCUUUGAUGGGGCGGUUGAAGAAGGGGGAAACCGUGACCUUGGACAAUGGAUCGGUGGUGCAUCCCGAAGAAGUCCUGGGGCCACCGAUUGCUGGGCGCACCUUUGCAGUCUUGCAGGACACAUCAGAUGCGCGCAGCGCUAUCAAGCCAUGUCACUAUGCUAACUGCGUGGUCCAUGAAGCAACAUUUGAAGCAGCCAUGGAGGAGGAUGCCUUGAAGAAGGGGCACAGUACGAGUGUGAUGGCCGCUCGCUUUGCUGUCGCCUGUGAAGCGAAGCGCUUGGUUUUAUCUCAUUUCUCUGCACGGUAUGCAAAGACUUCAGAUGUGGAGAAUGAUGAUGGUUGUGACCCAGCUGAAAAGCUUGGUGAGGAGGCAAGGGAGGUUGUCGGAAAUGUCCCUGUCACCGUUGCGCAGGACUUUAUGGCAGGGGAACUUGGCCUUGCAGGACGAAUGAUUGGAGUAUUUUGCCUUUUCCCAUCAGUUGAUUUUCUUUUCCCUUUUCAUGUUGCAAGGAUUAAAUUUCUGUUUUCCACGUUCAUCUGUUAUGGUCAAUGUUUUCUUUCAUGCGGCAGACCCAAUCAUAAACCAUCCACAAUUUUACCAGAAACCGAUGAUGUAAACUGUUCCAAAAUGGGAUAUAAAUUUAUUGUUGGCUUUACCACAUUCUUCCAAUAUUGUGGGUCAGGGGUUGGGUGA